AUGAUGCCCUUCACCAACGUAGCCACCGUCGUCCGAAAGAUCACGGGCUGGGGCCGGGUUAGUGGCCAGCGGAUUCUAGUGGUAGCAGGUGGAAGAGACAGGCUCAUAACGAUGGAUGUCAUGGAGAAGCUGACAGACUACUACCGGAAGGCAUUCAGGCUGCUAAUGCGGGACAAAAGACUAGACGCAGUGGAUUGCACCGUGGGACAAUUGGAGGAAGAGGAGAGCAGUGGCAAACGGGGCGUGGAUACUACCGGUGACGGUGUCAGGCUUUGCGUAGUGCCCUCUGCUGGGCAUCAUAUGCAGAACGAUGCUGAGUGGGAGGUCGGAGCUGGGAAGCUGCUAACCUUCCAUAAUCAGCUGCAGGGUCCCAGUUUGGGUGGGGACUGGUUAAUUUUUAGAGUAUAUCAUGAAUUGUGUUGA